AUGUUAACUUUUGAUCAAACCCUGAACAAAAUAAUCCGCCUUUGCGACAACUGCCCCGCUCUUCGAGAAGGGACUCGUCAAGAUAAAACCUACAUGAGAUUCUCUAAUCCACCCACUGCUGAUGAGGACGAAGGGAUGUGGUACCCAGUUAAUACCACUCUUGAUGCCGUAUUUGGUGUAGACUGUAUCAAACUCGAAAUCUCAAAAGGACCUUUUGGACUUCCAUUGGUGGUGGAAUGGGUUCAGCAAGCGCGAAAGCACCACACUUGGGACGGCGAUUCCGACAAGCUUAUCAAGAUCAAGUUGGAUAAUAUCAUAUCUGCGCUCCAAGAUGCGGGAGCUGAAGAUCAUGAAGUGGAUGAGCCACAUAAAACGAACUCAGUUGUUGGUAACAAACGUCGAAUCAGUCGAAUCGAGUCCAACCCCACGACCUCGAACUCAUCGAACUCCUCGAAGUCCAUGGAUGAUCCAAAGCGUCCAACCAAGCAAUUCCGCACAGCUGCUCCCGCCAAAAUAUCGGAUGGUGUCAUCAAUUCAUCAGAAGUCAUCCUUGUGCUUUCCUCUGACGAAGAGGAACGCAGAGGCUUUUCCAAGAAAAAUUCUGCGAAACGCGAGCUCAGAAACGUCAAAGUGGUGAACUUAUGCCCGUUAUCAACUCCCAAUAAGAACUGUAACCGAUGCAAGGUGGAGACCCGCCUUGGCGGUAAACACUUCUCCUGCCACUGUGGAGCGAAAUUGAUUUGGCUUAGUGGUGGACGUGUAAGACCAGCGGAAACUCACUGGGCCACCGAGAUUUGUAAGGACAAAACCGAGCAACUUAGAAGCAAUACUCAGUUGACUUCAUAUUUUACAAACUCGACAACUUCCAAUUCGAAAAUGAUUGAGGUACCUUGUCCAGGACUACACGAUGGCACGUGGGAACGACCAAAAGCUCGACACACUAUUGCAUACUUCCUUUCAAAAACCUUUAGCGUCUAUCGCGGAAACUUCCGACAUAAAAUCUGCCAGGACCUUUUUGGAGCUCAUGCACAAGAGAGCAAAUUGACGAAAGAACAGAAAUCGAAAUUAAUGACAACUCUCGACGCUCAAUCCAAAUGGCAAGUCAAACGACACGGAGAUCGUAAUGCAAUCUACUCUAGCAACUGUGAAAAGACAUUCCUUUGUAAUAGGACCAUCAAAAACGCCAUAUGUACUCCUUGCGAACAGGUCAAAGGAAUGCGUAGCUUAAUCCGAGCCCUUAAUUCGGAUUACGCUGAAGAAGAAACUCUCAAGUACACUCCCAACAACUUAAUGGAAGAUCACCAAACUAUAUUCUCGCCAACUUUGCUGAAACUCGCUGACUUUCGACUACUCCAAACAUCCAUUGAAGCCGCCUCCAAAGGGGAUUUUUCUGAUUUCUUAACGGUCAUGGCUGCCUCGGCUAGGAACGGUUUGUUUGAUAAUCGUGAUGCAGCACGUGCCAUGAUCAAAGCGGUUGCAGUGAAGGCUGAACGUGUCAAUUCUGGGAAAACCACUCGAGGUAUGAAGAUAGACUCAUGUCUGGACGAGUUUGUCAUGACACUUGGUGCCAUCAGUCCACGUGCUCUAAGCCUCUUCAACGACAACUUCGCCGGUCGUAGCCAACGCAGUCUCCGAAUGAUACGAGCAAGAGACGACAUGCAUCUACUUGAUGGUCUUCACAUCACCAAUUUCAAUCGAAUUUCUCAGGUUCUGAAAGAACUUGGCUACUCCGGUCCAAUUGCAACGGCUUCAGAUCAAACAGUUUGUGUAAAGCGCCUUCGCCAUCACAACGGCUUUUUGGUUGGCGCUCAAGGCGGCGAUAUAUCUUUCGAUGAUCCUUCUGAACUUCCUGAUCUUGUUAGAUCGGUUGUUAAAAAAAAAGAGCUAUGCUCUAAAAUACGAGCGUAUACAUUACAAGUUCCCUUGCCUAAUGUACCAACUUUUGUGGUGGCACUCAUUGCUAGUUGUGAUAAAGAAACUUCAAAUGAUAUACUCGAAAAUCACCACACCUUCAUGAAAUUGUCUCAAGACGCGGGUAUCAACAUCUUAUCAAUUGGAGCCGAUGGUGCACCAACCGAGCUAUGUGCUCAAAUUGCGCUUGCGGAGUCAGCAACUCAAUUCAUUACGUACGAAAACUCAGAUUACGAUGUUCACGUCAAAGUUCCUCUUAUGGGUAAUCCUCCUCGACCAGUUGUAAUGGUUCAAGAUCCUAAGCAUGCCCGUAAAACUGGUGCAAACCAGUUGGGCUCCGGAGCCCGUCUGAUUGUCAUGGGUAACUACCAUGUGUCUAUACAACAAGUGGCCACCAUUCUUCAGUCUGGACGUAGUCCUCUUCUUCAUAAAGACGUAUUUGAUUGUGAUAAGCAAGACGACGGGCGAGCAUUCCGAACUUUGAACUCGGGAACACUUGCGGAUUGGACAUCGCGAGAGGAUUCGAUCAGCAUGGACCGCCGAGUUCUUCUUAAGACAUUGGAAGAAGUGGCUUCUCAACCGACAAGCCGAACCUCACAAGCUAAUGAGCUUUUCUCAAAACUGUCUCACCGAGAAUACUACCCGAACUAUCCAUUGCUCCCUUGGAAACAUGGUAGCGAACCCGUCGAACAUAUAUUUGGCUGGAUGCGUGUCAUAUCCCCACGGUUUACUGUACUUGAUGCUCGAAUGAUGAUGCCUAAGAUACAUGCCAUUGUCAAGAAUGUCAUGUCAGGCCGAAUAAAUUUACCAUCAUCAGAGCACAUGCAUGCUGGAUACCAGUAUGCAUUCUCUGACGAACCGAAAGACGAGAAUCUCGACUUUCUUGCCCAGUUUCCCACUGAUAGCGAGAUAUCAGAGGAUCUGGCUGUUGCCUAUGAGCAGGCUGAUCAACUGACCCAGGUCUCUGGUAUGGGCUCUCUCAAAUCAUUAGACCAGGAAGUUCCGGCACGCGAUCUUGACGAUUUGCAUGUAGAGUCACCUGAAAACUUCUCAGAUAUAUCGGUAUGCACGACUCAACAAUAUGAUAUCUUGUAUGAAUACAAAGGAAAUGUUCUUCGUGAAAAGCAAGCUCUUGAAGCUGCUGCACACUUAACCAAGGAGGAAAACUCUGUCGACCUUCUUCUUGAUGCCUUGCCCGAAGAUGCCCAUACUAAAUCAUUACAAAAUGCGGCGAUGUCUAUCGCCAACCUUCUCAAUCCAGCCCCUGUAGCCGAGCAUCAUAACCAAAAAUCGAAUGAGUUGGCAAGCGACAUAGCAAUUGGUCCUCUAGUUAUUGAGACCAGGUUGUGA